AUGAUUCGCUAUCGUCGUCGACUGCUGCUCUCCGCAGACAAUCGGAAGCUCCGCACCCAGAUCUCCGUCGUUUUGCUCUCCGGAGCACUGUUUUUCGCCGUCGCGCUUCUGCCCUACAUAAGAACAGGUGAGAGAAAUCUUUGAACUACCGCCUCCCGAAUUCGCCUCCCAAACAUCAAAUCGAAUACUGCUAAUGCGUAUGUGCGGGGCAAUCCCUCACCGGAAGCGAGUUCUUGACACACAUGACUCGUCGUGAUUCGCCGAAUACAUACGGGUCUGUGUUCCAGAUAUCGGCGCCGUCGUCGAAGACGUCCGAGUGCUCAGGAAGCGGCGAUCCGUCGAAUAUGAGUUCGAUGACUGCCGACCACGCAUCCAGCCGGGCUGUAAGUACCAGGAAGUUCGGGCAGGUGGAAAUUGAUGAGCAAUGCGCGCAGAAAUGAAUUAUUCAACUCUUUUUCACUUCUGCGAAGAUUCUCUGAAAGUGUGUGUGUGGGCUCUUCGACAUCACAAGUUGAUCCGAUAAGACUCUGAAAUCAUCGCGUGAAUGCUCAUUUCGAGAGCAGUUCCCUUGCGUCAAAACAAAUUUCGCUUCAUCCGGAAUACUUUAUCAGUCUGUGUAUACAUCAAUUUUAUGAGCGGUCGCAUCCAAGAGAGUACACACUCUUAGCUCCAAAGUAAUCAAGUAUUCGCUACGUGCGGAUUGCCAGAAAGCCAGAAAGCCAGAAGAUCCAGACGGACAUUUCAUACCGUUUCCAGCUGCUUCCGGCAAUUCCUCCCAGUUUCCGGCCGACUUCUUCUCGAUGCACACCCGUCGACGUGGCGGCGUCAUUGUGCACAUUGGUCUUCUGAUCUACAUGUUCGUGGCACUUGCCAUAGUUUGCGACGAGUUCUUCGUUCCGUCGCUCUCAGUUAUUACUGAAGCGGUUGGUUGCGGAUAAAGUAUCGGUAUUUUUUGCACUCAAACAUUUCAGCUCUCAAUAUCAGAUGACGUGGCAGGGGCCACAUUCAUGGCUGCCGGUGGUUCGGCGCCCGAGUUUUUCACUUCGCUCUUCGGAGUUUUCAUAGCACAAGACAACGUCGGAGUGGGAACUAUUGUUGGUAAGGGUUCCCGUGCUCACAGUGCUUAGCUCAAAGUCCAACAGGUUCUGCCACUUUCAACAUUCUCUGCGUGCUUGCAUUCUGCACACUCUUCUCCAGACAAGUGCUUCAUUUGACCUGGUGGCCCUUGUUCCGUGACAUGUCCUUUUACACUCUCUCUUUAUUCCUACUUCUCUUAUUUUUCGAAGAUGAAUUGAUCGAAUGGCACGAGGUAUGACUCCCAGAAGGAUCCAGAAGUUCAUUUGAUCCUAAUCCUAACCACCUUCCAGGCCCUGAUCAUGUUCAUCAUCUACAUUGCUUACGGAAUUUUUAUGAAAUACAAUGGGUUGUUGGAGUUGAAAACUAAACAGUUUCUGUUCCGAAAAGUGGGAAUCGGAAGUGAUGUUGUACCAAUUACAACAGUCGCCACCGUUGGCGGAACCCCGCGGAGCCCGCACAGUUUGGGUGCUCAGGGACCGAGGAGGAGUUUUCCGAUGAUUCAUGGAGGGCAAGAAGUGAGAAAGAGCAUUGCUCAGCUGGUGAUUGGAGAUGAAGACGAGACGACGUCGUCUUCUUCUGAAUCCGAACGGUCUCUCAAAGAAUCUGCCCCUGAGAUUCAGCAGAAUGGGAGGACCAUAAUGGUGAAACCGAGGAGCGAUCCAGAUGCGAUUUUCAUCAAACAAAGUGCAAAUAUUCCCUAAUGGUGUAUCAGACAAUGCCAACUUUCAGACAGCAUCACCACUGUGACGCCUCCCAUUGAAUACGGUAAAAACAUUAACCAAAAGCGGAAAAAUGGGAAUAACGGAAUGUACCUCACACCUGUGGAAACUAUAAAUCCAUCGUCAAACGGCCACUUGGAAGUUGCUCAGUCAAACGGAAACCCGGUCCCUCCAAUUGCGCUUGAUAAUGUGAGAAUUCUUCUAUAUUUGGGCAGUUGUUCAAUUCAGUUAACUUUUCUUUUUCAGCUCUCAAUUGCGUCUUCGACUGUCGAAAAGCCGUUGGAUUUAUCGUGGCCGGAAGCCAAUCACAAGAAACUUUUGUAUCUUUUCCUCGCUCCAAUCACUUUUCCGUUGGCCUACACACUUCCAGACGUCAGAAAACCGGUCAGGAUUGAAAGUGGUUGAAACAAUUUAUAACAAUUUGUUCAGAAUCUGCGCAAGUUCUUCGUGAUCACAUUCAUCGGCGCGAUUCUGUGGAUUGCUGCCUACUCGUAUCUGAUGGUUUGGUGGGCGAGCACUAUCGGAGAGACGUUCGGAAUCCCCACUGAAAUCAUGGGAUUGACCAUAUUGGCCGCGGGGACCAGUAUUCCUGACCUCAUCACCAGGUGCUUUUUCCUUCAAUUCUGGGUUAGAAAAACGAGUGGUUUCAGUGUGAUUGUGGCUCGAAAAGGUCUCGGGGACAUGGCCGUCUCUUCCUCCAUCGGAUCGAACCUCUUCGAUGUGUGCGUCGGUCUUCCGAUUCCCUGGCUCAUUCACUUUUUCAUCGGACUCUUCAAAUCUGAUCCAACAGAAAACAGUGAGCAAUUCAAGUGGUUCUUCUCAAUUCCAACUCCUUCUCUCUUCAGUUUCGGUCACUUCGAACGGUCUCGUUUGUUCGCUCGGUCUCCUCUUCGCGAUGCUGAUCGUUCUGCUGGCGUGCGUCGCCAUCUCCAGGUGGAAAAUGGACAAAUUCUUCGGACUUCUCAUGAUAUUCUCCUACUGCGCCUUCUGCAUGCUUUGUAUUCUACUCGAAACUGGACACCUCAAAUGUCCACUCAGAAAUAGUUGCUGA